AUGUGGACCGUCAAGAUCCUGCUGGCGCUGCUGAGGCUGCUCUGGAAGGCCCUGUGGCUCCUGGUGAUCAGCCUGGUCCGCCUGCUGCUCUGGCUGGCGGGCAGCAACACGGAGCCGCAGUGGCUGCAGCGCAUGGAGGCGGCCUGGCGGGCCAGAGCGGCCAAGAGGGACGACAGCAGCGGCGACGACAGCAGCGACGGCAGCAGCGAGGACAGCGGCGACGAGGACAGCGGCGGCGGCGACGGCGGCAACGACGGCGGCAACGACGGCGGCGACGGCGGCGACAGCGACGGCGGCGACAGCGACGGCGGCGACAGCAGCAGCGAGGACAGCAGCGAGGCCGGCGGCGGGGAGCGCCUCACCCCCACCAGCGUCAACUACCACUUCACCCGGCAGUGCAACUACAAGUGCGGCUUCUGCUUCCACACGGCCAAGACGUCCUUCGUGCUGCCCCUGGAGGAGGCCAAGAGGGGUCUGCGGCUGCUGAAGGAGGCGGGCAUGGAGAAGAUCAACUUCUCGGGCGGGGAGCCCUUCCUGCACCAGCGGGGCGAGUUCCUGGGCCGGCUGGUGAAGUUCUGCAAGCAGGACCUGUGCCUGCCUAGUGUGAGCAUCGUCAGCAACGGGAGCCUGAUCCGCGAGCGCUGGUUCCAGAACUACGGCCAGUACCUGGACAUCCUGGCCAUCUCCUGCGACAGCUUCAACGAGGACGUGAACGUCAUCAUCGGCCGCGGGCAGGGCAAGAUCAACCACGUGGAGAACCUGCACAAGCUGCGGGGCUGGUGCCGGGACUACCGGGUGGCCUUCAAGAUCAACUCGGUCAUCAACCGCUUCAACCUGGACGAGGACAUGACCGAGAACAUCAAGGCGCUGAACCCCGUCCGCUGGAAGGUGUUCCAGUGCCUGCUCAUCGAGGGCGAGAACGUGGGCGAAGGGGCGCUGCGCGAGGCCGAGAAGUUCGUCAUCACCAAGGAGGAGUUCCAGGGCUUCCUGGACCGCCACCGCAGCGUGGCCUGCAUGGUGCCCGAGUGCAACGACAAGAUGAAGGACUCCUACCUGAUUCUGGAUGAGUAUAUGCGCUUCCUGAACUGCAGAGAGGGGCGGAAGGACCCCUCCAAGUCCAUCCUGGACGUGGGAGUGGAGGAGGCCAUCAAGUUCAGCGGCUUCGACGAGAAGGCGUUCCGCAAGCGCGGGGGGAAGUACGUGUGGAGCAAGGUGGACCUGCAGCUGGAUUGGUAGGGCCGGCGGGGAGCAGCCUCCCCCCCGCCACACGGGAGCCCAGCUCAGGCCCGAGCGGCUGCCGUCAUCCGCAGCGCCUCCUGCUGGCACUCGCCAGCGGCCCCCGCUGGGAUCUCCCGUUUCGCUUGGUAGCUGGUGACCUGCGGUCGCCGAUCGCGCUAGAGUAGCUGAA